GUAUAUAUGUCUUUCAAUCAAUCAAGCCAUUAUAAGAAAUCUAGACGAUCGUCGAGCUUCAAUCAACAGAAAACCUCUUCCGGACUUCAUUCUAUGCCGGGCGAUUCUGGCAGGUAUGCGCCGCCGAUCGUCUCCAACCAUAGUGUUAAGCAGUCUAACGAUGGGCAAAAAGCGCGGAAAACUAGGGCUGGUGUAUCCUCUGUAAGUUCUACCGUUACCUCUCCUGGAGGACAAAACGGUUCUUAUGUACGGCCGCAACAGAAUGGGUCAGCAUCUAAUCCAAUAAAACUGUCAGGAUCCGGAAACGGGGCUGCUUUUAAAAUUGCAACUUCUCAGACGACCUCAAAGACUUCUGAUGCAUUUUCAGACUCCAAGAGCGGCAUUGUUCAAACUAUUGCAACUUCUAAGCCUACCUCAAAACCUUCCGACACCAUCCCCUUUAAAGACUUGGGAGAACAGCAUAUAACAUUUCCACUUCAAUUUGGAUCCUUAAGUCCCGGUUUCCAGAUUCCUAGGACCAGCUCAGCUCCUUGGAAUCUGCAAGAACCGAUAUUUAACCAGGCACCACGCCACGUAUUUAAAUCAGCACCUUCGGGGUCAGUGCUGCCAGUACCCGGACAACAAAUAGCAAGAAAUGAUUCCAGUGUCUGUGAUCAACCCAAUAUUGGAACGUCCAAUCCAGAGCCAGAGACCAAAACAGAGAUAGUCGUCUUGUCAAGAGCACCCUUAAACCAGAUUCAGAAGCCUUCCCAUGAAUCAUCUGUUAGUCACAGAGCUUCUCUUUCCCUCCCUGAUAACAAGAGUAUGAACGUUAUGCAUCAUAUUGCCGAUACUCCUAAUGUGAAAGAAGUCCAAGUUCAUGACGAGAACUCUACUUCCUCAGCAGCAAAGCAUGCGGCAAUGCAGUCUCAUCCUGGGUCUUUGACGCAGGCCAUCUACUCAUGUCCUAAAGAAAGCCUGUCUAGGACCAACAAAAUCAAGGCUGAUAAUAAAGUAACAGGCAAGAAAGGACAGGUUCAACAUCCGGAUCAGGCUGAGGUCUCAGAUCCCAUUUAUUAUUCUAAGCUGGAAUCCUCUUUGCAAUGCGAGCAAUCAAAGCAUGAGCUUGUUGGAACAAAAAAAGUAGGACCGAGAAGAUUGCCUGGUUCUCAAGAUGACAUAGAACAAAGUAAACCUCCAUCUUGUAUGAAGCCAAAGGCAAUUAAUAAUGGCAAUUCAAAGUCAAAAACACUGGUAGAAUGUGAUGGACAUGUACCUAUAAUUUCACAUGCAGAAGUUGGCAGUACAAACGACAAUAAUGUUCUUUCCAACUUCAUAACUCACGGAUGUAAGACGUCGCUUAUUAUUGAAUCUUCUUGUCAGAGCGAUAGGAACACUGACAAUGAUACUGUAGUGUGCCGAACUGAUCUGCAAUCUGCUCUUGUUGAUAUGUCCGAGCUCUCAGAGAUGAAGCAGGAAGGAGAUAGAAUGGAGCACCCAGGUGCUCAAUGUGACCCUAAUUUUAGACCCUUUAUUGAGGAUAAACCUGUUAUGGACACAAAUAAGAGGAAUAGGUCGAAGAAGAAGAAGAGGAGGGAAAUCCUUCAGAAGGCAGAUGCUGCAGAGACUACUUCCGACCUUUAUAUGGCAUAUAAAGAACCUGAAGAGAAGAAAGAGACUGUUAUCUCUGCAGAAAGCUCCAGUGUGACCAUAAAUAUGAAACAUGAGUCUGCUGGUUCUGUUAAGGAAGAUGUUGACUUGAUCAAGAAGGAUGUUCAGAAUAAACUCGAGCCAGAUGAUUGGGAAGAUGCAGUUGAUAUUUCUACUGAUACAUUGAAAUACGAGGGUGGUUUUGAGGACAAGGCCAACGGAAAAGUAGGACUGCAUAUCGAGGAUGAGAGUGGAGAUCUGCCCAAAAAGUACUCCAGAGAUUUCCUCCUGAAAUUUUCCGAGCAGUUCAUGGACCUUCCCGAUGGGUUUGAAGUUACUCCCAGCAUAAAGGGUUUAAUGAGUAUUAACCACGACUUGGGUUCUGUUAAUAGCAAUUCACCUGCUAACCUUGGAAAAAAGGAUAAACCAAGUAGAGGAUCUCAACUAGAUUAUCGUUCUAUUAUUGUUGAUGACAGACAACUUGAUUCAGGGUGGCAUUCACACUUGGAUAGCAGUCGGCCUACCCAAGGUGCUACCAAUAGUGCUGUAAAGUCCCCAUGGGCACACAUUGGUUCUCAGGGAAAGAUCCAAAGAAACGGCUCCAAUACUGAUAGGUGGCAAAGAGAUGCUAGUUUUCAGCUGAAGGGUAUUAUUUCUCCUCCAAUUCCAUCGCAGGUGAUGCACAGAGCCGAGAAGAAAUAUGAAGUGGGCAAAGUAGCUGACAAGGAAGAGACAAAACAAAGGCAGUUGAAGGCUAUACUAAACAAGCUAACUCCGCAAAAUUUUGAAAAACUCUUUGAACAAGUGAAAGCAGUUAAUAUUGAUAAUUCGAACACACUAAGUGGUGUCAUCUCUCAGAUCUUUGACAAAGCUCUGAUGGAGCCUACUUUCUGUGAAAUGUAUGCCAAUUUUUGUCUUCAUCUGGCUGGUGAGUUACCUGAUUUUAGUGAUGAUAAUCAGAAGAUUACUUUUAAAAGGUUGCUUUUAAACAAGUGCCAAGAGGAAUUUGAGAAAGAGCAGGAAGAAAAUGAUGAAGUUAAUAAGGUUGGUGAGGUGGGACAGUCUGCAGAGGAACGAGAAGUAAACAGAACAAAGGCGCGCAGAAGAAUGCUUGGCAACAUCAGAUUAAUUGGCGAGCUUUACAAGAAAAAGAUGAUAACUGAGAAAAUUAUGCAUGUAUGCAUCAAGAAAUUGUUGGGUCAAUAUCAAAAUCCGGAUGAGGAAGAUAUUGAAGCAUUGUGCAAAUUGAUGAGCACAAUAGGAGAGAUGAUAGAUCACCCCAAAGCUAGGGAGCAUAUGAAUGCAUAUUUUGAGAUGAUGACUACAUUAUCUAAUAACAUGAAGCUGUCAUCUAGGGUUAGAUUCAUGUUGAAGGAUGCAAUUGAUUUGAGAAAGAAUAAAUGGCAACAGAGGAGAAAAGUUGAAGGACCUAAAAAAAUUGAUGAAGUCCACAGGGAUGCUGCGCAAGAACGUCAAGCACAAACCAGUAGAUUAAGCCGUGGUCCUGAAAUGAGUGCAACAUUGAGGAGGGGAUCAACAAUGGAUUUUGGUUUAAGAACGCCUGCACUGUUGCCUUCUCCCAAUGCCCAGGUUGGUGGUUUUCACGGUUUCUCAACCCAGAAUUAUGGUUCAAGCAGUCAAGACGCUCGUUUUGAAGAUAAGCUGCAGUCUUCUGAGGCCAAGGCAUUCCCAACUCUAUUGCCCCAAAGACCUAUCAGUGAUGAUGCUAUCACUUUGGGUCCCCAGGGUAGUUUAGCUAGAGGAAUGUCCUUUAGAGGGUCACGAUCUGUUUCAUCCAGUUCAUUAGCAAAUUUUUCCUCGCCAAAUGGUAACAACUCUCAAAGAAUGGUACCUGUUUCAAGUCCCCAUGGCUUAGGAUCAGAGCAUGCAACUUCCAACUCCAGAGGCUACAUCCCCUCAAGAAGAUUUUCAACAGGAAUUCUAGCAAAAUCCCUCGAUCAGACGAUUAGUGCACAGGAACCUGGUAGUAAUGAUGGAUCUAGGCAAUUGGGAAACGUUGAUAGCGGUCUAGGGAGGUCUCAGCCGACCAAAUAUGAAGAACCAGCUUUGACUGUGAAUGGUCAUUCUGAAGAUACGUCCAAAGAACAUCUAGAAGAUAAGUCCAUAGCAGCGAUUAGGGAAUAUUACAGUGCUAGAGACGAGAAGGAAGUUGCACUGUGCAUCAAGGACUUGAAUUCGCCUGAAUUCCAUUCAUCCAUGAUUUCUCUUUGGGUCACAGACUCCUUUGAGAGACAAAACACAGAAAGGGGUCUUUUAGCUAAACUUCUUGUUAGCCUCACCAAAUCAAAGGAUGGUACAUUGACUCAACUCCAACUUCUCAAAGGAAUCCAGCUCGUUCUUGCCACUCUGGAUGAUGCGGUGAAUGAUGCUCCAAAAGCUCCAGAAUUUAUAGGACGAUUACUCGCAAACUUGGUGGUGGGGAACUUGAUUACAUUGAAAGAAAUUGGCAAGUUCAUACGUGAAGGUGGAGAGGAGCCUGGAAGUCUUGUACAAGUUGGGAUUGCAGCUGAUGUUCUUGGCAACUUGCUGGAGGCAAUUCAAUUGGAGAAAGGUCAGAUUUUCUUGAACGAAAUUCUUAAAAGUUCUGAUCUACAACUGGCAACAUUUUGUCCUAUCAAAUCAACAAAGUUAGAGAAAUUUAUUUAGUUGGUAUAGGAACUUAGUUAAAUCAGAAUAGAAUGAAUUCAUUAAUUUGUGAUUUUAGGUCAGUUUUCUUUUCUUUUUCUUUACAAAAAGGUGUGAUUUUAGGUUUAGUUACUUUGGCCAUAUACUUUGUAAGUUGCUGAAGAGCUUCGACACUCAUCCUCACUUUUUUUACACAGACAAAUAAAAAGGAAAUAUAUUGAUAAGUUUCAUAUUGCUUUUUUUUUUUUU